AUUCUCCUUCAACCAUAGCUAUCCUCUUCGAUUUAUGAUUUGGGAUUCAAAGAUUUUGAUUACCAAGCUUACUGACAUCACAAACACUCUAUAGACAAUGAUCUUGCCAAACCCUCCAUUCCGACCGAGAUGCACUUCUUCCUAUAGAAAUUGGUGGCGAGACUACUUCCAUCCUCGGUUCCUCGGUGUUAUGGACAAUAUUUUUGUUCUGGUUCCUCCACCACUCACCAAAAAAUUUGAAUAGAAGAAAGUUGUAAAGGAAAGUGAAGACCUAGAAUCUGCCAUGGUUGCCCAGAUCAGCCAGCCAGAUCUGCCAAGGAGAGCGCCCAAAGCUCAAGUCAAAAGGAAGAUUGCUACUUCUGCAAAUUCCACGGAAGAAAAUACUCCCUCCAAGCAGCAAAGAAUCGGAGGUCAGCAGUAAAACCAUCUGUUGCCAAGAAACUUAUCAAGUCUGCCUCUCCCUCGAGGUCCUGAUUUGCCAUGCCCCUCGAGUCUGCAAUCUGUUGUCGGUGUCUUUCUGCUGCCCUUUUGCGUUGUAAACGCCUCCUCAAGGUCCUUGGGUUUUGACCCUUAGGAAAUUUUGGAUGCACCACACGUUCCCAUCGUUUGGUUGGAGUUUUGGGUGGUGGUUUCACCAUUAUGGGCUUUUUUGCGCGUCCAGAUAUUGCAGUUCUUUGAUUUGCAUUAUUUUUCUAUUGAGUUGGGUUAUGCCUCCCGAGCUGUCUUCUUCGGUAUGAACCUGAUUUGACCUGACCUGAUUUCUACGGGCCCUGGCUUCCUCAAUGACCCACCUCAGAUCAUCAGCUGCAAGUCUGCGCCUAUUAUAUGUCUGAGUUCUGUCCCUGGCAAUGCUUCUGAGAUCUGUCGCAUUCACCCCAACAGAUAUGGUAGGGAAUGGAUCUGCAUCAACUCCCAUAGUUUCUUUGGCCUUAUCUGGAAAACACAGAAUUCUCUUGUCGAUUUUAUCUUGUAAAACAUUCAUUAGGGGAAUGUUUCCAACAGAAUUGUGAUAAAUCUGCUGAAAAAAAUGGUUGAUGAUAAUCCAAGGUGUUAGCAUGAGCUGUUAUCUGACAAUUUGGGCUUACAGAACUUCACAAAGGAGUUCUACCAAGGUAACUCCAUUCUCUUUAACUUAUGGACAUGAUGCUGUUCUGCCCAUGGAGUUAUCUGCUAGAUCAUUGUGUCUAGCAAUUCAACAUGGUCUUACUUCUGGAGAAUAUAAUGAAGCAAUGAUUCUAGA